AUGACUUCUGAGGAUGACUAUUUCGAUGACCUCGAUGGCGACCUUGCCGAUGGGUUUAACGAGGAAAAAGAAGACCAAACAUUAGCCCAAGAGAUUGUUACAGCUGAUGAUCAAACAAAACACUCUAAUCCACUCAUUAUUUUACAAAACAUCAUAGAAUCAUUUAAGACAUUGCCACAACUAAACAUGGACGAACUGCCUCCAUCAGAGAUAUCGCAAAUUUCACCAAAAAUUGCCGCUAUAAGAAAUAUUUUGCAGCAAGAGGGGAUAAAUUUCAUAAAACUGCUACCGUGUCUUAACGCAAUCAUUCCGCUCAUUAAAAGUGAUAUUAAAUCACUGCACAAUUUUUUGAUUCUGUUAUACGGGAAACGUUUUCCAGAACUAUCUUCAUUGAUACCGUCAUCCUUACAAUACUCAAAAGUGGCAAGCAUACUGGAAAGCGAACAUUGGUCAAAAAAUGAGAGUGAUAAGCUAUCCCCACUGUUGGAAAAUGAGGCAAAUUUGACCAAAGAGCAAGUCCUUGUGCUAACAAUGUCGAUGAAAACGUCCUUCAAUAAUAAAGAACCAUUAGACAUCGGAACAAGAAAGCAAAUUUCAGAAGCUACCGCCAUGCUGAAAAAUCUGUGGGUAUUGCAAGAAGAUGUCGGUAGAUACGUUGCCUCAAAGAUCUCAGUGAUUGCCCCCAAUAUGUGUCUUUUGGUAGGCCCAGAAGUAGCAGCCCAGCUAUUAGCAUAUGCUGGGGGGGUUUUGGAAUUUAGCCGGAUUCCAAGUUGUAACAUUGCAUCCAUCGGAAAGAAUAAGCAUCUUUCACACGAAUUACAUACAUUAGCGAGUGGGGUACGACAGGAGGGAUACAUAUUCAGUACAGAUCUUAUCCAGAAUUUCCCACUUGCUAUUCAUAAACAAAUGCUAAGAAUGAUUUGUGCAAAAGUAACACUCGCCGCAAGAGUAGACGCAAGUCAGCAAAGUGGUGAUAGGAAUACAGUUCUUGCACAGAAAUGGAAAGCUGAAUUGCUGAACAAAGCCAAAAAGCUAUCAGAAGCUCCGGACAUUGCUGAAACGAAAGCUCUUCCUAUUCCAGAGGAUCAAUCUAAAAAAAAAAGAGCUGGCAGAAAAUAUAGAAAGUACAAAGAAAAGUUUCGGUUAUCCCAUGUUAGGCAAUUACAGAAUAGAAUGGAAUUUGGUAAGGAAGAACAAACUGUUCUUGAUUCGUAUGGCGAAGAGGUUGGUUUGGGUAUGUCCAGUACGUCCUUGCAGCAAGCAGUGGGAAACACGCCCAAUCCUAGAAGAUCUUCCGGCAAUCAGGCUAAGUUAACAAAGAUUAUGAAGCAUAGAAUUUCUGAGGCUAAUCAGCAAACUGAUGAAUACCUCAUCUCGUUAGGCCAUGAUGCAGAGCACUCCGAUCAGUUAAAAUGGAGUGGCCAAGAGCCCAAAAAACAGCGCGUUAAUUCAGAGGGAGAAAAAGAUUGGUUUUCCCAUCAUCUUUAG